GUUGUGUCUCCGGGGGCCUGGAGCGACGUCCUGUAGUAAACAGUAGAUGACGUUACCGCUCGCUAGGCAGUUCACAGGAAACGGACCGCAGCUGGAAGCCAUGAGCCGUCCGUCCUCAGCUGGAGCCGGAGGUGGAGGACUCGGGGCCGGUAAAGCUGGCGGAGGAAAGCACGGUGGAUCGGGAGGUGCCGCUGCCGCUGCGGCGGCCGCGGCUGCGGCAGCAGCCGCCGGCGUGUGCUCCGUGGUCGGGUCGGGGUCUGCUACCCCUUCCACCGCUGUGUCCCUAGCCUCGGCCGGUCUGCCUGGGCAGUCCCCGGAGCUCACGGCGCUGUUCGAGUGCCCGGUAUGCUUCGACUAUGUCCUGCCGCCCAUCCUGCAGUGCCAGGCGGGUCACCUGGUCUGCAACCCGUGCCGCCAAAAGCUGAGCUGCUGUCCGACCUGCCGAGGCCCUCUCACCCCCAGCAUCCGGAACCUGGCCAUGGAGAAGGUGGCCUCCACACUGCCGUUCCCCUGCAAGUACUCGUCGGCCGGCUGUCUGCUGACUCUUCACCACAGCGAGAAGCCCGAUCACGAGGAGGUGUGCGAGUUCAGGCCGUACACCUGUCCGUGUCCCGGCGCCACCUGCAAAUGGCACGGCUCGCUGGAGGCCGUCAUGCCUCACCUGAUGCACGCACACAAGUCCAUCACCACGCUGCAGGGGGAGGACAUCGUCUUCCUGGCGACAGACAUCAACCUGCCAGGCGCCGUGGACUGGGUGAUGAUGCAGUCGUGUUUUAGCCACCACUUCAUGCUGGUCCUGGAAAAGCAGGAGAAGUAUGAAGGCCACCAGCAGUUCUUUGCUGUUGUACUGCUCAUCGGCACCCGCAAGCAGGCCGAGAACUUCGCCUAUCGACUGGAACUCAAUGGUAACCGACGACGGCUCACCUGGGAGGCCACGCCGCGUUCCAUCCACGACGGGGUGGCGGCCGCCAUCAUGAACAGCGACUGCCUGGUGUUCGACACCUCCAUCGCCCAUCUGUUUGCAGACAACGGCAACCUGGGGAUCAACGUCACCAUCUCCAUGUGCUGAGGGAGCGGAGCAGCGUGAACGGCAGUCACAGUCCUACACAGAAGAUGGACAUCACCACAGAGACACAAUGUAGGAUCAGUUUGGGAGCCAGAGAGGUGUUGAGUUCACCUUCUGUCUGUUCUGUGGUUACAGGGACUCCUGCGCUGUAAAUGUCCUGCGGUGUUGGUGGUACAUCUGGCUGAGCCGCUGGAGUCCUUUGUGAGGAAAAACACAACAUUUUAAGCAGUUUUAAAUGCUGAGAUACAACUUCUCAUACAACUCAACAGCAGCAACAGAAGGCCAGCUCCACCUGUGUGAUGUCUGUGUUUGAAAUUUGAUGAGGUCGUCCCUCUGUCCCUCGAUUGGGUGCCAGAGGAAAAGUGGAAGAAUCUCCACCAGUGAAGAGGAUCUUCACCGGACCUGCUGCUCCGGCCGCAGCCUGUCCAUCUGGACUGGACAGAGACAGAGCUGUCUUGAGUUUAUGAGUCCUUCCUAAGCAGGAAGGAUUCUGGUCUCAUGUGAGGAAACUAAUUCCUUACCAAAGCAGCCCCACGAGCCUCUGUCAGGUUCAUCAGACCUCCUGUCGGCCCGACGUGUUCACAAUAUUGUGAUAUAUAUGAUGCACCUGUUCAAUAACUUUGUGCUUUAAUGAACGGAGCAGUGGGCUGUGUGAGUCUAAGUGGAAGGUUGCUGGUUCAAAUCCCUGCAGCAGUUUAUCUAUGGACAGUGACUGACUGCAUCUAGCAGGGUUGUGACUGCGCACUUCAGUUCACUGCAGACAUUUUUGAGGUCAGUGCACGACCUCUGUGGGAACUGGCUGAGCUGUGGAAUCCAGUUAAUCCUCAGACCUUCUUUAAUCUCAGAUAAAAGCAGUGAAAUGGAGGAAUAAUCCUCCGAUCCCUCUUCCUGCAGUCUGUUUAGCCGCCAGCGCCUUACUUUUCUACCGCCAACCUCUUCUUCCUGCUCAAGCUCUUUCUGAGGGAGUCGUGGUGCUGAUGUGCUUCACCUGAUAUUUUUUCACUGAAAACCUGCCCAGGGAAAUGCAACCAAGACUGUUUUGCAGAACUGAUACAAGAAAAACGUAUUUUCAAAAAACUGCUUGUUUGAAGCCACAGUGAUGCGAUGGUCAGACGUUAUUAUCUUUAUUUAGCUCAAAGCUCAUGUGACACUGUGGGUAAAAAAAAAAGAAAAAAAUUCUCAACAUUCCUUGUCUUUAAAUCUUUGUAGCACCUGACCAGGAAGAAACCAACUUCACCAGAUACCUCUGACCACAGACACGUCUGUAACUGAACCGCAAACCCCUCAGACCUCGGUAGCGUUUCCUCUGUUUUUGUUUGGUGAGAAAAAACCUCCUCCGCCCCUGAUGGAGACGACAUGAAGUUUAAAUGACAAAAAAUCAGAUCCAUUUCAAAAAGGCAUCGACAGCUCCAAGAUUAAAGAUACAAAAACUGAAAGCUGCUUGGCUUAAAGUUGUGUAAAUUGUUGGAAAUAGUCGUACAUGUAUUUUACUUCUUUACACAAAGUUUGCUAACGAGCAAACUGCUCACUUGCUUGGAGAUGUUGUCAAAGUGGCCGAGUUGAUUUGUUCUCAUCCAGUGGGUCUUCAUUGUUAGAGAAAAGUAAACGGUACCAUAUGGAGCAGGUAGAUUAUAUAAUUCUGAGAAUAUUUCUAUAGUUGAUGGAAACAAACAUUUUCUUUUGCUUCCCCCUGUUGUCAACAUAAACUAGCAAGCUAAUUAACCGUAGCCAAGAUGUUAAUUAGUAAGCAAGACAAGAGACGUUCUCUACGGGGCUGCCAGCGGUCAGACUGUGAGACUUAACAACUGACACUUUUCACACGCUGUGAAAAACAAAUUCAUAACUGAUAACGUCGCAAAAAAAAGACACUGACAGCAGCAUCGUGCAGCAGCGAGUUAUUCAGCCCAUCAGAUGGAAAGAGAAAAGAGCUCGGAGUGUCUCAGUCAGCGGCUCUUCUGGCAGCAGCACAGUCCGGCAGCAACCUCCAGGGCUGAAAAACAAAGCCAGCAGGGAAGUGUCAAAAACUGCAGUCCCUCAAAUGACCACUUCAGGCUGGAGCCAAAAGCCAGUCAGUCCCCACAGACCCCCAUAAAAUGUCCAACUUUACUGUAGAAAUAAACAUGUUGACAGCCUGGUACAAAAAAAAAAAGGUUUUGGUCUCUAACUAAUUUCCCUGUUCAUGACAGCUGCGUGAGGGGGAUUGUUAUAUAACUCACUUUUCUAUUUUUUAAGCCUUAAUUAUAUUUAGUAAGUUGAGUCCUGUGGUGAGUAAUGUCGCAGAUGGCUUAUGAUGGCUUAAGUGAUGAAUCUGAAUCUGACCAAACUAAAUUAAAAAGUUGGCAGCCCUGGUUAUCUAGCAAGCUAAUGCAGCCUAGCCAAGAUGCUAGUUAGAUAGCUCAAAAACAAAUAUUCUCUAACAAGCAAAUGUAUCGUAACCAAGAUUUUAAUUUGGUUAAGCUAGAAAACAAACAUUAUCUAGCAAGCUAAUAUUUCUUAGCUAAGAAGCUUAUUAGUUAGCUAGAAAGUGAACGUUAUCUUGCAAGCUAAUGUGUCUUACCCAUGAUGUUAGUCAGUUAUGUAGAAAGCAAACAUUAUCUAGCUAGCUAAUGUACGUUAGCCAAUAUGCUAAUUAUUUAGCUGGAAAACAAACAUUAUCUACCAAGCUGAUGUAUCUUAGCCAAGAUGUUAAUUAGCUAGCUAGAUCGUUAACAAGCAACAUAAUAUUAAUGAAAACAGCUUUUACCAUCAUGGAACAAUUUUCACAUGACAAAAAUUAACUUAUUCACUAGUCUUUAUUGAUAACUUUCUCUGAUUUAAUACUGCUGUUGUGAACUGUGGGGGAGGACUUUUUGCUGCAUCAGAAAACUUUAAGCUACAUUUUUAUUUCAUGAUUAAUUAAAGUACGUUUCUUCAUGAUCUGAAAUGCUUUAUUUUCAUUUUCAGGGUGUUUUUGGAUGUAAACAUUGUCUUGUGGAAAAAGGUGUACCGAAAUCUGAUUGGUGGAGUUUCGUUACGGCAGUGUGAACACACACUGUUAGCUUCACCACUGAAUAAUAAACACAGAGGAAACGCUGCUCUCUGAUAAUCACUUCCACUUUACAACCCGCUGACUUUCUACGAAAUGUUUGAAAAUAUUGUAAAUGAAGUUAUAAUGACAAUAUAUUUUCUAAAAACAAAAGACUGCUGCAUUUAUUCCUCGUGCUAAUUUUGAUGUAUUUGUGUUAGCGUUUGUUCAGCUGUGCAGAGAUUUUGAAAGUAACUUUUCUAAGCUGUUUCUGACAUUUGUUCCUGAUUCUCCUGUUCUGCUGCUGUAGUUCACUGAACUGUCACACCUCAACAUAUACUGAUACAAGAGAGACAAGAAAAGAAAACCAGGGACUGAGAGCAUGUGCCACUGUUCCCUUUUCCAAAAACUGGAGGAAUACUUGUUCAUAGAGUAGUGAAGUAAGAGGUGUGAGAGAAAAUAUCACGUUCUUUGAUCAAAAACUCAAAGGUACAAGAAGCCUGUGGACAUAAAAACUGAAGGAGAGAAGUUUACCACAGCUCCCAGAGUGCAUUUAAGCAACAAAAUCCAACCGCAGAGCGUCACAUUCUGUUAAAUGUGCUGCAAACUGUGAGCCGAAGCUAAAAGUUACACAUUGUAGAAACCUGAUAGUACAUUCGGCAGUUUGGAUUAAUUUAGUGGCUAAUAUCUUCAUAGCAACUGCAUCUGAAGCUCAUGGGCACUGUAGGAUUUAGAGCUGUCCACCAAGCUGAAAGAAAAAAAAACCCUGUAAAAUACAGUGAUACCAAAUUUUAUGUAUAAAAGCACUGAGAUGUUGGCUUAAAAAAAUCUAAUUGUUUUUCCUAAUUAAUAUGUGAAGAUCACCAGCUCUGUUAUGGGAGUUUCUGUCACGGCAGCAGGACAAUAAGGACAAAUCUGCUGAAAUUAAGAGUUAAAUAGCGACUGGUAUCAUCUUUCCAUCAUCUGACUGUGAAAUGAGGAUGUUGUUUUGAUUCAACCUCUCUUUGUUCUCAGUGUUCUGCUCAAUUCUGUGAUGUUUCUAUAAUAAAUGGGUGCAG